AUGCGGGUGAGGAGGGCAUGCCGGAAGCACAAGAAGAGCAGCGGGAGGGUCACCGGGUCAGGUCACCGGGGCGAGAGGCGAGUGAGCGAGCGGCCAACCCCCUCACACGGACGGGUGGCGCAGCCGCAGACCAACGGGGAAGUGGGACCUUUCCGGGCACAGCCGGCACGCCAGGUAAACGAACGCGGGAUCUCACCACCCCCAACUCCGGGGCGGUCCCGCGCAACGCCUGGGACACCGAGCCGGCCGACCAGCGGACCGGAAACCCCCACCGCGGCAGCGGCGGGCCCCCCCAAAAGAGGCCCGAGAGGGAAAAGGCAGCUCUCGCACACACCUCAAAGACCCCGUGAACGCCUGCGGAGCCGCCCGCGCCAGCAGGGCCCCACCGCUUCCAUCCACACCACACCGCCGGGCACAGCACCCAUCAUCGACCGCCUCUUUUUCGGCCGUGUGAGCAAGGGCCCACACACACCGGGAUCCUCGGCUCCGGAGGGCCAGAACCCCCCCGAGCGGCGCACCACCACGGGCACGGCGGCCCCGGAACACCACGGGGCCCAGCGCCCGCACGGCGCCGUCGUCGCCAACGGGCGGCGGCCCACACAGACGCUCGGGAACAGCGUCGCCAGGGGCCGGAGGGGGAGGGGGAUGGGACCCCCAAAAACCCCACGGCAACCCAAGCACGAGGCCGGGAAGCCACACACCACAGGCCCUCGCAUCGCGACCCGGCACGGGCUCCAGGCUCCACCACUCGACACACCGCACGCGAGGCAGGGGCGGGGAGGGAUCGGGAACGUCCUCCACUCACCACACCAGACGACGGCCCGGGAGAGGUCCCGCGGGACCCUCCCCCAGCUCGGAGGGGGGAGGCGCGGGCACGCAGUUUACCGACGCGGACAGCCACUACCGCUCAAAAGCGGGGCAGGGAGCGGCAGGGCCGCGGGAGCCCAUCGGAGGCGGGCCCCCGCCAACCCAGUAGCGCACACCGCUUCCCAAACGAGGAUCGCUAGAGAACCUCUCCUCACUCUGAGGGUGGCCCGCCCCCAACCCCGAUGGGAACCCCGCUGGGACCAGCACACAUCAGAGCGUCCAUCCUUCCCACCACGGGCGGCAGGGAGGGGUGGGGCACAGGGGGGGUCUGCAGCAGCAGCAACACCAACCCUGGUAGGUCGGUCUUGCCGUGCGGGGCCAGAGCAAAGUCGCGCAAACGGGCAGGAAGCCCGCACGGGCCCGGCUCGCCUCCCACUGCAACAUCUCAGGUCCCCCGGUGCGAUGAAAGCCAGGUGA